AUGGCUUCCGCAGUAUCUUUGAAGCAUCAUACUCCGCUUUGCAGAGGCAAUUGCAAUCUCUUGCACCACGACCUGGUUGCAGCGUUGUUCACGGACGGACGUUGCGCGAUCUCACGAAUUGAGCGCCCGGGUGAUUUACCGUUGGCUUUAAAACAGGCCAUAGAGACGGCAAAAUUGUCUGGAUGGGACUACAAUUGCUUCAUACCAGAUCCCUUGGAGCUUCUGAGGUGCCCUCUUCUAUUUCUUGCGAGUGCCUUCGGUAAGGUUGCUAUCCUGGAAGGGCUUUUGCGAAAUGACUUCAGUCCACGCGUGUUAAAUCAAGAUGGCGAAACGGCCUUGCAUUUUGCAGUAAAGCACUUUCAUUUGAACAGAGUGACUCCGCUUCAAGGACGAAAAGGGAGGAAAGAGGCAUUUGAAAAAAUAGUGGAUUUACUAACUGAGUACGACCCCAAAAUUUUAGCUGUCAGAUGCAAAAAUGGGCGAACAGCGUUGCACGUGGCCGCCUGCUCAUUUUCCAAGUGGAAAGUUGAUUUUUAUCAGUUUUCUACAAAACUAAUGAUGGAACGCUUGGUUGCGCUCCAAGACAGCUCCGUAUUGACAAGAAAGGAAGUGAUGGAUAUUGUCAAAGCCCCCGAUCUCAAAGGAGAUACGUUUAUGCAUAUGUUGGCACGGAACAGUGCAUACUUUGAGGCCUUGAAGUUUGGAGGGGAAUUGCUCUUCCGUGGAAAGUUACCCGAAGACAGGAACAAACAAGGCAAAACUAUCCUGACUCUCGCGUGGGAGACAAAUCCAAGAGAGGCGACGAAAAUGUUAAGUACUCUUUUGAUGCAUAAUCGUGAAGACCAGGAAGGUGAGAUAAUUACCCCUUAAAUUUUUUGUUUUGUUUUUUAGUUUGAAUGAGUUUGAGUAAAUAUAGAUUACCUGUCACUUCAUCACCUUCAGACGACUUCAUUUACAUGUGUGGGACGACACAUAAGCUUAAUAACACAAUGGAGCUUUCCCUUUUUAACAAUAAAUAUUGUUAAAUAAGAAAUUAUUUAAAUGAAGUGACGGGGACAAUUUAUUCUACAGUUUGUCUCUUAAUCAUAACUAUAACAAAAUUCUCAAAUCUGAUUGGUUCUCAACUGCCCUGAUUUCAGCCUUAAUAGGACAGUACGCGUCAUGCCUAAGUAAUUGGACAGUACGCGCCAUCACGAGCGCGCUUAAAUGGCUUUUUUUUUCAUAGCUAGCGAAAAAAUCUUGGAAUUUCUUGUGUUUUGAUUUUAAAAAAGCCCUAUAUAUCACAAAUUUUGUUAAAGUUAUGAUUAAUUGGUAACAGAACUUCGUGUCGUCCAAUUCGGUCUGUAAUCAUACUCGUGAUUAAACAAAUUGGACUCCCACUACGCGGUCGUCCGAUUUUGUUAAUCACUCGUAUGAUUACAGACCGAAUUGGACUCCACUCAGUCCUGUUACCAUUACAUAUGAAAUGUAACUGUCCUUGGAGUAAAAACAGGUUUGACCACCAUCUUUAAAUAAAAACAUUUAAACAAGUGCAUACUUUGAAAAAAGCCUAACAUUAAAAUGUGUAUUGACAGAAGUAGGUAUGGAAUCUCUGGCCCCUUUCACAACUGUUCUUUGUCAGACAUGCAAAGCUACCCAGAAGAAGGGGAAGGAGAAGAAGGAGCAAUGCAUGACGACUUAAAGAACAGUAAAGAAAGAAACUUUGGAAUACCCAGUUUGUUUACAUUAUAUUUUCUCACAUCAGCAUACUCCAGAUUUGAAAUGAUGGGGUGAUCAAAGAGUUCAUGGGAAAGUGUUCCAUGUUUUUUUUUUAUCUCGUACGUGUAUUACCCAUCUCAGGUAGAUUCCUGUUUGCUGAGUUAAUUCUUGAGGCUGGAAAAUUUGUCAUGGGAUUUUAUUGGGAGAUUAAUUUUUGGGGGCUUUUGUUGGAAGCCCUGAGGAGAUUGUUACCUUUCUUGUGUGUUGAAAUCCCCCUAGGCAUGUGUGAGAAUUCUUAAAAAUUAUGAGGUUUAUACACGUAGACUUUCUUUCGUAGCCAUUCUUUUGGUAGUAGCAGUCACUUGUAAUAUUAAGACAUCUGGCCCAACAGGUUGCUCCACUGGCCCAAGCUACUGGUCAGCACUUCAUGUCCCAUGCCCUGUUGGGUUGCAAAAUGACCUGACCUAAUUAAGCCAAAGGUUAAUUUCCAGCUAUUCUGACAUGGGUGCAUCCCACUUUAAUUAGCCUUAUUGGACAGGUCAAUGGUUUUACCAAAAAAGCCUGUAUUAAGGGAACACCUAGCAUGUUGACCUGGUACAGAUUUUUUUUUUUGAAGAAGGGGAGAAGGAAAGGGGGGGGUCUGAUUUAUAUGUUUUGGUUUCACUAGAGAACGUGAAUGUCCAAUUGGUUGCCUGGGUUCAAUGGACCUCAUCUGACCAAAUGGAGUUUUAAACUAAGGAAACAGCAAACAAGUACUUUUGGUAUAUUAAAGAAUGUUCAAACACGCACAAAAGUGACUGCUUGUAGCUUAAUAACAAUACAGUGAAACCCGCCUUUUAGCUACCUCGGUAAUACAGUGUCACCCGGCAAAACUACCAUACAUCAAGUCUUGUAAAAAAACCCACGUUAAUACGGCAAAAGUUGUUUGGCCCGUUGAUGACUGUAUUAAUGGGGUUCCACUGUAAUCGUAAAAAGAAUGAAUGAGUAAGAAUCAUAUAAGAGCUGAACUUUCCCCUUUUCCUUUUUCAUUAGGGAGAUCAACUGAGAUUGACCCUGAGGAACGUAUCAGUGCUGAUGAAAAUCUUGUGGCCACCAACAGUCCAGCCCAUAGGUUGGCUUCUCUUGAAUUUUCAUCCGAAGGUGGUGAACAAUCCCUUUGUCAUCUCUCAGUUGCUGAUGAAGGUAUACCAUAUAUUGACCAGGUAUUCUCACUCUCAAGUGGAGACAAUGAGUGUAACAAUUACUUAAGCAGCCCCCAAGAAGAUACAAUAAACAAUGAGGUGUGCUCAGUGUCCUCUGAAGAGUGUGUGGCAAGAGUAAAGAAGUCGUAUUCCAGUGAGGAGCCAAAGGAAGGUGAAAUCAAGAAAUUAUGCGUGGAAGCCACCCUUACCAGUUCAAGUGAAUGUUUGACUAAAUUCACUGAUGCAGACAGCUCAUUUUUAGAGUUUGUCAAGACUGAAGGGCUGGGACUGCAUGCCCAAACAAAGAAGAACAUUGUGGGUGUGGUUAUGACAGAGUACUCAAAUAAAUUGAGAGAAAUAGAAAGUAGACUUCCAAUGUUGGGGCAGCUAAUAUCAGAAGAAGAAAUGGCUCUGAGGCAGAAGGAAGAGAGAGAGCAAGCCUUGGAAGAGGAACUUGACUUGCUGAAAAAAGAAAUGUUGGAAAAGCAAAGGUGCGUUAAUGAUCUGAGGCAGCAGUGUGAGUCGUUACGUGAUGAGAAGUUGUUGAUUAAAAGGAAAGUUGUGUAUUGUCAGGAGGUUGAGCAACAACUGGAGUCAGGGAACGGUAGUAGUUUAAAAAAGGUCAGAUCAGAGUGACUAGACUUGACGUUGUGACUCCUCAGGAAUAAAAGAACCAAAUUCAUUGAUGACUUGAAGGGUUAAAUCUGGGAGUAGAAAGUUUGAAGCUGAAGAUGUACUGUUUAAUUGCUUGUCCAGUUUGUUUUGCUAUUGCCCCUGGCCCUUAAAGCUUCUUUACUGCGGCAGUGUUCUACCCAAGGAUUUUAAGAAGGCCAGGAGGUAUUCUGGCUGUGAUUUUCGACAGUGUUUGUAUGAAGCCUGCUGUAGACUGAAUAAUAGGAUAAUUAUAAAGACAGUAAACAAUAUGCAACCCGCCACAUCAAGGCAGUAACCAAUAUGAUCGUUUCUCAUUUCUCUCCUUGUUUUUGUUAUGCCCAUUGACAGUGUGGGAAGGUUGUUUAUUAAUCCUUGUAAGCCCCUCAAAGGGCCCUUGUGUUUCUAGGACAAUUUCAAGAUGCAUGGCUGCCAUUCAGUGAAAUGAAUGCACCACAGGUUUCAUCCAACAUUAAAUCAUUUUAAAAAAUGAACUAAUUGCGAGAAAUGUCAACGUAAGGUUUAAGCCAGGUGGAAAUGAUUUUCCAGUGAAUAAAGCCAGGUACCCUUCCUAGCCUUUAAUACUUAGGAGAACACUGUGCAGAUGUUAUUAGAGAAAGCUUGCAUUGAGAGAAAACAUACAGCAGUGAUGUAUAUUUGAUCUAUAUUUAAUCAAAAAAGUGCCACCGUCAAGUAAGCACUCUUUAUAGGAUCAAAAAUGUAAAAUAACAGCCUCCUACCCCCUCCCCCUUGGAGUAGUGCCUCACUGUUUCAGCAACGUUGUUCUUUCUAUGGUAAUGUUAUUUUUGAAAAAAUAAAAAAACCAUAAAAACAAGAACAAUUCCAUGCUAAUGUUAGUAGCUGAUGGGAAGUUUUUUUAAAAAAACAAUUAGUGUCAUCCCUCUUUAAGUGGUGCAUUGACAAGUAGAAAAAAUAUAAAGAGUACUGGCACUCUUUCGAAUAAAUACAGUACGCAUUUUGAGUCGGCAUGUGACUUAAAAUUUGAACUAUUUAUUUGCAAGUGGGUGGCACUUAAGCUACACAAGUUGCUUGAAACACAGCACAUGCUACUUUAGGGUCCUCUGCAAAGGGCUUUCGGAUAGUGGAAUUGCGAGUUCUUUGGGAUCAUUUGAAGAUUCUGGGAAACUGACCACCAUACCCCUCCCCCUAAGUCAACAUAAACACUUAAUUCACUUAGGGCAAGAUUGACUUAAGGGAGGGUAGCUUCAAUUAAUGUUCUUUUUGCAUGAGUUUGAGCCAAUGUUUAUGUAUAUAGUAGUAGUGUCAAAGAGUAUAUUUUUUUAUGACUUCUAUGGAAAUUAUAUUUUAUAAAUCAAAGACUAGUGAAAGUCUAUUUAAAACUGUUUAGAAGUCAGUCUUUAGAGUUCUGAAAAAUUAACAAAAACAUUUGAGAAAUAUUUCUUAUUUUUUGGGGGGGAAAAAAGAAGGUCAAUUCCUCCAUUUUGUUUUGUUUGUUUUGUUUUUGGAGAAGACAAUUUUAUUGAUUUAUACGGGCUAAAUAAAAGUAAUAUUUUUUGCGUUAAAUAUUACUACAAAAAUUAAUAUUAUUAAGAUUAAUUAAGUGUAAAGAUAUCAUUUAAUCUGGAUGUUAUAGUUCUUGAAACAUUGAAGGAUUAUUUAAAACCAUGUACUAAUUUCUUUCGGUACUGUCUUUGUAAAUAAAAGUUCCUUUCAUUUUGUAUCAACACUGUCAUGGCGUCUCAAUAACUAACCUUCUCUUGCGUUGUUGUUAGCCUUCAUGCCCUUUAUUAUUUAUAGCCAUCUGUCCGCCGCAAAGGUCCUUCUAUGUCAUAGGGGGAGGAAAAAAUGAAAGCGCGCGGGGGAGGAUGGGAAGGGACCACCGCGCCUUUCCUAAUAUUUUUUAUUAUUGCUAUUUUUCUUGGAAUACCCAGCUGGAAUCUCUGCGGAGGAGGGUUUAUAGGUCAGGCGAAGCAUUUACAAGUUUACAGCCUGGAAACAGUCUCCAAGCUACGCUAAACCGAGAUUAUUUGGGGUCUGUCAGCAUUGAUGAUUGAGGAGUCACUGGCCAAUUGACACGCUCUAUGGUGUAACUUUGACUUGAAAAGCUUUCUAUUUCAAGAAAGCGAUGGAGCCGCGACGAGGCGGAAUGUACGAAAAGAAGCUUUUUGUAACCGUUUUUUUUUUCUUUCAAGUGCAGAGUUAAGAGUGGGAACUCUGUCGGGCUUCUUUUUUUUUUAAGAAAAAAAAAACCUUUUUAGUGGCGCCACAUUAAUGAACCUCCUACCGACUUGGUUAACAACAGCUAUAUUUUUUAGCUUCUUAAACUAUUGCUCUGAAAAGAUGCAGACAGCCAUCGAACUUUGCUUUUUUUUUUUUUGGGGGGGGGGGGGGGGACAAGGGAGAGGGGGGGGAUGAUAAAGGGGUGCGUGUGGGAGUAUUAAGUGGAGAUGUUAUUAUAAGGAGUAGAAGUAGGUGUGUGGAGAAAGAUUAGAGAUGCGGUAGGGGUGGGGGGGGGGGGGGACAAGGUGUGUUAUGGGUAAUUUAAAAGUGGUGUAUGGUAAUGAAUAUCGUGUAAUGAUUAAUUACUUUUCAAAAUAAUACGUCAUGAAAGUUAAAGAUUUCUUAAUUGUUAAAUAUUUCGACUUAUCUGUUGUAGCUUGCGCGCGCACGACCCUCGUUUGAUUUUGGGCAUUCCGGAACGUAACAUGGUUUCACAAAAGUACCACACCCCGCUUUGCGGCAACAACUGUAAGAUCGAACACCAUGAUUUGGUUACAGUCCUCUGCCUGGACAGUUCGCAAAAGUCUGAUGAAAUACCUGACCUACUGAAAGAAUGCAUCGGCUCCUACCAGAACUGGGAUCACAACGGUGAAGUUCCUGAUCCGCUAGAGGACCUCAGGUGCCCGCUGAUCUAUCUGGCGUCCUCAUUUGGUAAGGCAGCGCUCGUUCGGGCCCUGCUUCAAGACAACUUCGACGCGCGCGCAGUAAACUUCAACGGGGAAACCGCACUUCACGGGGCUACCCAUUACAUUUACCGUACGGGCGCGCUGAAAAACCGGGGCUUCAAAGUGGCUUCCACUUUAGGGCCGAUUAAAAAUAGGAUGAAGGCUUUUGAGCAGAUCUUGAUCAGUUUAACUGAAAAAGACCCCAAACUUAUGUUCGUUCAAGACAACAACGGGAACACAGCUUUUCACGCUGUCGCUGACAACAUUUGGAACGAUCGGUCAAACGACCCCCAAGGGAAAACUGCUAACUUUUACCAGUUUUGCCUGAAAAGUAUGAUUAAUCGGGCCUUGGCUUUAGAAGAAGGCGGAAAGUUGACGAGAGAGGAGAUAUUAGAAGCCUUGAAUGCCGAAAACGGUGAAGGAGAUACCAUUUUCCAUAUAUUGGCGCGGGAUUACGCGUUCGGAUUCAAAAGUAUGAAGCAAGUUCUGGACAAAUUUUUUGAUGGCCAAGUGCCCUCUAAAAUCAACAAGGAAAAAGAGACUGUCGCCAAGAUCGCUCUGCGGCGCAAUCAAAAAAGAGCGAUACAGGUCUUUCCUGGCUUCUUGAAACAAAGUAAGUGGUGUUAAAAACCUGAGCCGGGUUGUUCAGAGCUGGGUGGGUUAAGGGACUGUGAAUAUAACUUCGAACGUUUACGAAGCAAAUCCCUGUAAAUUCUUUUUAACCGUACAAUCCGAUAUUGGAUGAGCUAAAAUGACCCUUUAAACUAGCAGUGAAAACGCAGUUACUGACUUAAGAAACAACCUAGUAUCAUGUGGUUUACGCCAUCUUUCGGUUCCUUUCGGUAACAAGGCGAAACUUGGUCAGGAUUUUGAAUUCCCCACCAAGAAGUGCAUCUUAUAAAAACACUAACGCAUUCAGUGCCUGGUAGCUCUCAUAUUAUAAGCUUCACUGCUUUCGGAUUUUUAUCGGACACUUAGAACUUGUAACCAGGACUAAUAACUAUCCGGCAAAACAUAAUUGAGAGAACAAGCUUAACACGCGUUUUACUUAUCUUAACAUCGAUAUUUUCAAUUUCAACGUUACCAGUUUAUUAUAGGAAAGCACUUGCAACUUUCGCACUGUUUCAUUUACUGAGCUACACUUAAAGACUUUUCGAACGGACCCAUCCGGUAUAGCAAAGAUCUACUGUUCACUAGCUCUCAGCGGCAGACAAGAAUCGGUAGUUCAUAGUAUCGGUCUGAUAUCGCCUAUGAAUCGGUUCAAGGUUUGUCUCCUACAGGGUGCUUAAGCAACGACGAUGGCAACGGCAACGGCAACGAGACCGACAAAAAAGCAAUAGGUUUAGAUUGGCAAAACAACAACACGUGCAUCACGCUUUUUUGUACAUUUUAUUGCCGUCGUUACACGAUUUCUACGACGUAAAACUGCCCAAUUUCACGUUUUGUGGAGGACGGAAACGCAAGACAACGACUCUCUUUUCCUUUUCCUGAACCCUGGUACAGUCCUUUAGAAUUUAACUCCCGAAAAAUUCGCCAGCAUUUGUCGAAAUGAACAAGAUAGAAUAAACGCGAUAAAGUUUGAAGCAGCGCGUUUUCGUAGUGUGGCCGUCCCCGUCGUUGUUGCUUCCUAUUACCUGUAACUUCAUUAAUGAAGACUGAAGAACAAGGGGACAAACUCAAUCAGUCCAGUCACCUCAUUACGGAGCUGAUACUGUACAGUUGGAACUUUCCUUUCGCAGCCUUUAUGUUCUCACUCUAGUACGUCAUUCAGUCUGUUCGUUCCAGCCUGCUAGCAGACUGAGGCGUCUUUUCACGGUAAUAUAUACCUGCUAGCAGGGAAACUAUUCCAUUGUGCCUGUCCACAUCACUGAAGGAGGAGGAUUUACUGUCCGUGGGCGGAUUUAGAGGGAGCCCUCCGCCAUUUUUUGAUUUGAAAUAACUGGCUUGAGUAUAGCCUCGUCAUCAUUUCCACUUGAUUUACAUCUGGAGUUUCCACAACGCUGUUCUAUUUUGUUUGUAGGCGACAGUUCAAUUUUAGUCAGUUCCGACGACUCUGAAACAUCCGUCAGUGACUCGCCCUCACCUGGCACGUCAGGGGAAUCUAAAGAGAUAUCUACACUCACUGACACCACAGUCCACCAGGAAAUACCUUUGAUUGUCAUCUCUGAUCAGGACAUGCCACAGGUUCCCCACUCAAUAGAAGCAGAAGAGAACAGUUCGAGUGAGGUUAUUGCCAAUUCUGAAGAGACAACGGAUGGCUUUGCGGAGCAGGAACAAGACACAGUUCCGUUGGCAAACCCCGGAACACACGACCUGCUGACUGUCUCGAUUGAUAGCACCCUGGGAAAGGCCUCUCAAAUUGAAGUUCCUUCGUUUCUUAGCCUUUCUCACAAGUCUAAUGUCGUCAGUGUUUCACCGUUUGACCGCCUUAUCAGCACACCGGUGAACGCCGAAGUGAUGUAUGUGACGGAAACUACUACAACCUCUAAGUGCAACAACUCGGCGGAAAAGGGAGAACAGGACGAUGCUACACGCAAACAUAUUGGAAAGCUUGAUACUGCCAAUAAACACACUGCGAAUGAUCAGUCAGAUCCAACAGCUCCAUUUAGUACCACCUCCUCUUUUGAUUCUGACUCAGGGUCUCCUAGCAACAGUCAACAAGGUUCCAUCGGUGGCGAACCUCCCAGCGAGGAGAGAAUGGCUAUCAACUCUAGAGAGUCAGCGUCGCGAAAAAGUGACAAUGAAGGCCAGACUGUCGCUGAAAAUAUCGCGGACGCCUCUGGUAAGGUAAGUGGCGAUGUACAAGAAAACAGCUUUGAAAAUGAAGCGUCCGAGGAUAACGUAGUAGAGUCACAUGGUGCUCAUGUACCCAUUGGUGAUGUUGUUGACCUUGACGCACCGACGGCUGGAAAGGACGGACACGAGCCAUCCAAUCAGAAGACUUCGUUUGACGUACUGCAGGUAAACCAAACCCGAAGGGUCAACUCUGGUGAUUAUCCGACGCAGGAGAUGGUCGUCUGUGGAACAAUACCGAGUGACUUGUUUAAUCCACCACUGAACCAAAGUACACAAUCAGGAGAAUACACCCAGCAGUACGCGGCAUAUUAUAUGAUAGACACGCAAAGCCCCGCAUCACAAAACCACUCCAAUGUUUCUUACGAUAAAACUCAAGCACAGGAGUCUAAGUCAUUAACAUCCCUCGCAUCUGCAAGUACAGAGUCCAUCCACUCCGACUCUCUCGAGUCACUGGACGUUAGUCAGGGGGGCUUGGAUGAUAGAAGCACCAUUUUAAAGUGCAUCACAGACAACUCCUUCCUAGAGUUCCUUAUAACCGAGGGCCUUGAGCUUGACUCCUCUAGCAAAAAGGACGUUGUGCACGUGGUCAUGACGCAAUACAGUAACAAGCUCAACAACAUAGAGAGUACGAUUCCCAAGCUCGCAGCGCAAAUAAGGCAAACAGAAACGACCAUUGAUCAACAAAAAGAGAAAGUCGCACAACUGCAGAAGGAAUUAGAGUACGUGAAAAGUGAAAUUGUCAAAAACAAGAAUGCACUUGAAGGGUUCACCAAUGAGAAGCAGGAAUUAAGCAAGCGGCGAAAAGCCUUGAAGCGCAAGGUGACUCGCUGUGAACAAACCAUGAAACAACUGUUGGGUAACUCGAAGAAGAGUAGAUUUGAUUGA